UGUCACCUUUCCACAAUAUACCCUAAUUUUGGUCACACUUUCCUUCUUUAUUUGUCCCAAGUAUCCGAUUCAAUUUCAAGAAGCGUAGUUAUAUAUAAACAUUACUUCCUUUCUGUUUAUAUACUUUUGCAAUCUUCCUUUUUUUUUUUCUUUCUUUUUAACUUUGUGUGUUGUUGUAUCACUGAUUUUGAAAAGAUAGAGAGAAAUCUUGAGGGGUUUUCCAUUUUUCCAGUAAGAAAACUAUGGGAAGAGGGAAGAUUGAGAUAAAGAAGAUUGAGAACCUGAAUAGCAGGCAAGUAACGUUCUCGAAGCGGCGUAAUGGGUUGUUGAAGAAGGCUAGAGAGUUGUCCAUUUUGUGUGAUGCAGAAGUUGGAGUCAUUGUUUUCUCUAGCACUGGCAAGGUUUAUCAAUGGUCCAGCACCAGCAUGGAACACAUUCUUUUAAGAUACAGCAGAGGCACGACAGAGGAUCCGUCUCAGGAACAUCCUUCUGAUGAACAUAAGAACUUGCAACCAAUUGAUGUGAACACCCUCAAAAAGGAGUACUUAAGGCUACGUGCAGCAUACAUGCGGCUUAAUGGUAAGGAGCUGGAUGGUCUGACCUUCAAAGAACUGCAACAGCUUGAGCAUCAACUAAAUGAAGGGAUAUUAUCAGUGAAGCAACAAAAGGAGCAAAUUCUACUGGAGCAGCUGAAAAGAUCCAGACUACAGGAGCGGCAGGCUAUUCUGGAGAAUGAGACUCUACGUAAACAGAUUGUGGAACUGCAACAAAACACAAGCUCAAAUUUACUGGAAUACAACCCGCUGCAAAGAGUUUCUCCCUACAGUUCAAAGGCUGAGUAUGAUUGUGCAUCAGAGGAGGAGGAUGACCAUGCUGAUAACAAUGAUCAUUCAGACACUUCCUUGCACUUAGGGUUGCCAUCAGAUGUUGGCCGCAAGAGGAAAGUGGCAAAGAUUGAACCUGUCAGCAAUGAAACAACGAGUCAAGUGGCCUCAGAGUGACAUGCUUGCAUUCACAAUUUGAUACUUAUCUCGUAGCAAUGUGGAAACCUUCUACUUUCAGUUUCUUCAAACAGUUAAAAUAUAUCUCUUUAGGCAAUUAGAUAUACAUUGGUGCUCUGAUAUCAUGGUCGCUAAAGCUUUAGAUCACUCAGCACAUUUAAUCCGCAAAUUGCAUAGUGAAGUAGGGAACAGGCCUAUAUAGGAGGAUGGUAGCGCAAUUUGCAGAUUGUUUAGUGCUCUAUACAGUAGGGUCUGCAAACAAAAUGGUAAAAAACUAGAUACUUUGUAACUAGUCAAAUGGUUCAGAUUUCAACUUGCUGAUGCAAAAAGCAAUAGGCCAAUGCAACCAACUCCAGGCGCAGCUUUUUCUCUGUUCCAAUGAUUUUGCAGUUGAAGAAGGCCAUAUUACUUAUCCCUGUGUAAUGGAAUUGGCAGUCUAUGCCUUACCUAUAUCCUGUUUCGAUCAAUUUAGAGGAACAAAGAACCAGGGGACGAAAGGAACAGCAUCACUUUGUGUGGUUGUAGAUAGUCGAACCACUUUACAUA